AUGCACAUAAGAGAAAUGCAAUGUAAGACUAUGUGUAUGACUAUUGAACGCUUUGAUCAACGCUUUGGCCAAAGUCACAUCAAAGCGGUGCCAGUGGGGGAAGGCACAGGCAUUUCUUUGAAUAUGCCUCGCCCGCCGUCUUUCUUUCUCGAAGCUCACCGUUCCGCGGAGUGGCAGAAGCCUGCCGCGCUACCGGUCAGGCCAGACGCCAUAUGGGACCACGAUGUCUUGAACUUCAUCCAACAAGUAUGGAAGUACACGCCUAGAGACCUCCCACCAGGGGAUGCCGCACUGAAUAAUAAGUAUUACCUGCCGUUAGAGCACCUCGAGAACUACCUCGCUGAGCGAAACAACCAGAAGGCCCGCGGCCAUUUCAAGGAGUUGUUCACGUCCCUGGUGUCCCAGUUGAUGACUUGUUCUCCCGGUAAGCACCCCAUUCAAAGUCAACUGAUACUGCGGGGCAGCACUGCGCUCCUGGCGGCUCAGGGUGUCGAAGACCCUGCCUCGCUGGACUGGGACUGGUAUCUUGCCUGCGGCCUGAUCACGAAGACUAAACGCGUGGACUGGCACGCGCCACAUAACGGUGACCUGCUGUUCGACGUAAAUUUGAUGCGUCAAGAACCCGUUGUGCCCUUCCCAACGGGCAGCGCGCAGUUCGACAGCGCCACCGUGGGUACUCCGCAGGACACCAGAAAGCGUCGACAACCUCCAGGGGAACCGGAGGAUAUGUACGCGUCUAAGCGGGUGAAGGUCAGAACUGACAGACAGACAGAGAGCAAGGCGACCGCUGAAGAACCCGACGCCGCUGCCAUCAGGGACGAGAUCAUGUUCAGCGAAUGCAUCGACGAGCUGUUGUCCCACGGGCUGCGCUCGUACGCGAGCGGCUUCCUGGUGCGCGACAGCCACAUGUCGCUGUGGUACGCGGACAAGAUGGGCAUGAUCGUCUCGAGGGUGUUCGACUUUUUGCAAGAACCGCACCUCCUCCUGCUCGCCGUGGCUGCCAUGGCCACGGCGGGACCAGCGCAGAUGGGCAUCAGUCCCUUCCUACGCUUCGCGCCGGGUCCUGUCCUGUCCUACGCUGGGUCGUAUGUGGUGAUGGCGUCAGAGCCUGCGCGCACAGAGUCUCUGCCGGAGGACAAUUCAGGUAAGCCGCUGGCCUUCCGGGUCAAGGCGGACACGCAGUGCAUCUACACGGUGCCCCGUGCCUCCGGCCGCAGUACAGCGGUCGUGCGCGUCGCCGCGGCAGACGACCGCACACAGCAGGUCUGUGGGAGGGCCAACUUGGUGGCCAGGCUCAUGUGGGCCCGCAGAGCGUCCGAGACCGAAUGCGAGAUCGUGAAAGCCGUCCGCUGCAAACUCCAGACGCACGCUCCGAACAGCCUGCCUCACAUCGUGGAGCCGAGGUAUUCGGUGAUCAUGGAUAUGAAGCAUAUGGGUGUCCCUCGGGGCUUCAUGGAGGUCGACUGGAGCUUGCCCGAGUAUGUCUGCAGCAUGGUGGUCGUCGAGGAACAUCGGCCCAUACAGUCAAUCACGAGCAUCGAGGAAUUCAAGCAGGUCUACACUGACGUCGUCAUUGCUUGCCGUCAGCUGAAGGUUUCUUUCUUACUAGCGCACUCCUGGGUUUGGACGACGUCGUCAAUCAUCCACCGCAACAUCAGCACCGACAGCAUCAGGAUCAUGACAAAGAACGGCACAUCCCGAGGCGUCUUGUGCGACUGGGACCAGGCCGGACGCACAGACCCCGAUGCAGAAGCGCGUGAAGACGCGGACUUCGUGCACGGCGCCCGCCCCGACUCGCCGCCACAGCACGACACGCCCGCCGCGCCCCACGAGCGGCUCUCACUGCACACCGCCGCGACAACGUGGACGUUUACGGCCGUGGACCUCCUUGCGCGCGCGCCGCCGGCGCACGGCUGCCUGCACGAGCUCGAGUCGUUCCUCUACCUCCUCGCCUACUUCUGCGUCACCUUCGACCCGCGCACCCGGACGCUGCGCAGCUUCCCCGACUGGGAGGGCGCCGACCGCGCGGCGCUCGCACGCACCAAGGCGGCGUUCCUCCAGUCACACGAUGCGAUCUGCAGCACCGAGGAUUAUGUCUGCGAGCCGCUCCGUGGACUGUGGAGUGGCUGGGUCGAGCCGCUGUGGCUCGCGUUUAACCGCGCGGAGGCGCACGCCGCGCGGGCCCGGAUGCUGCGAGAGCGCCUGGAUGGCAUGCGUCGCUGCGGGAAGGAGGACAGCGUGCAGAAGCUCGAGGAGGAGGUCCUGGAGUGUCUAGUGAGGCGGCGGGCGGCGAUGACGCAUCCUCUGUUUGUAGAGAUCCUGAGGGCCAGUGACCCGUAUGCGGUUGUCGCCAGGGCCUGUCCCUACGUGGCGAGUGAACGAGAACUCGGAUUGAGCGAAUGA